CCUCAGCCAGCUCAGCGCCUUCACUUCCGAUUUACAUUCUUUCCAAUACUUACAUUCAUUCUUUCACAGCGAGUCUGUUCAUUCAUUCGGUCGUCUCAAAACACCUAGAACUUCACCUGCAACGCAUAACAAUAUGCGUCUCGUAUUCCUCUUCAUCUCCCUGCCCGCCCUGGCACUCGCCCAGGUGACGGGCUCCGCACCCGGUUUCGCAACCGGUACUACCGGUGGAGGCAGUGCUACGCCGCAGUACCCCGCCAGCAUCGCCGAGCUCAAGUCCUGGCUCGCGGACUCGACCGCCCGUGUGAUCAUGCUGAACAAGGAGUACAACUUCCUGACGUCGGCGGGCACGACCACCGCGACCGGUUGCCGUCCCAGCUCCAACACCUGCCCCAACGCGGGCGGGCAGGACGCCAUCAACGGCGCCAACUGGUGCACCAGCGGCGGCUAUCCGAGUGUCUCGGUCACCUACGACACCGCGGCCCUGACCCCGCUCGUCGUCAACAGCAACAAGUCGCUCGUCGGCGUCGGCAGCGCCGGUGUCAUCCGCGGUAUCGGUCUCAGGAUGGCAAACGGCGUCCAGAACGUCAUCGUCCAGAACGUUCACAUCACCCAGCUCAACCCGCAGUACAUCUGGGGUGGUGAUGCGAUCACCCUCGUCGGCACUGACAAGAUCUGGAUCGACCACUGCAAGUUCUCCCUCAUCGGUCGCCAGAUGAUUGUCACCGGCUACGACGCGGCCAAGCGCGUCUCGAUCACCAACAACGAGUUCGACGGGCAGACCUCGUGGUCCGCCACCUGCAACGGCCAGCACUACUGGACCCUCCUCUUCCUCGGCGCCGCGGACAAGAUCACGAUGGCCGGCAACUACCUGCACCACGUCUCCGGACGCGCGCCCAAGGUCGGCGGCAGCGGCGACAUCACCUUGCACGCGGUCAACAACUACUUCUACAACAUUGGCGGGCACUCGUUCGACGUGUCUACCGGCGGCAACGUGCUGAUGGAGGGUAACGUGUUCGAGUCCGUCACGACUCCCAUCACCACCGCUAGCAAGACCGGUGGUGGAACUAUCUACAACGCUGGAGGAUCCACCUGCUCCACUUACAUCGGUCGCUCUUGCCAGGCGAACUCCGUCUCCAGCUCUGGUACCUUCGAUGGUUAUGGAAGCACCUCCGCCAUGGCCGGCUUCUCCGGCUACACCGUACACCCUGCUGUGGCCGCUAGCGGUGUCAAGGCCAGUGUUGUCUCCAACGCCGGUAUUGGAAAGAUCUAAGCGAUCGUGGCUUCGAGUGGAGGAAAAAGGG